GUGAGUACGACGGUUUUUCCGCCGGAAAGGAUGGAGGGUGGAACGGCAAGUGAGAUGGCAGCGGCCCGGUCUCUGAGAUCUGUGUUAGCCUCAGACGGCGAGGACAUUUCAUGGAAGGAUGAGGAGAUGUGUGUGGUGGGCAUCUUCGGCAAGACGUCGGAGUUAAGCGCAGAGAAGUAUGCCAUCGUCAACACCCUGUGCGACAAGCCGGUCUUCCCCUUAUUUCCGUCCUUGAUGAACGAGCAUCACCAGGGCAAUAACUUACUGCAGUGCUACUACAACCAGGAUAGUAAGGUCCUCUACCUGAUACUCACCGCCGUCUGCGACAACCACCAGCUGCUGCAGGCCUGUAGGGCCUUGGCGGACGACAUCUCCCACGCCGAGGCUCACGAGUUUUGGAAAGGAGAAGAGAAACUCCAUUGCAUCCACCUCCUCUACCUCUUCUCCGUCUCGCACAUCCUCCUCCUGGUCCACCCCACUUGUUCCUUCGACAUCACUUACGACCGUCUCUUCCGAGCCCUGGACAACCUUCGGCAAAAGGUUCUUCCUUAUCUAAAGAGCACAAUUAAAGAUUGUCCAGUAGGGAAGGAAUGGCGAUUGAAUUGUAGACCCUGCCCUCCGAGGCUGCUCUUUAUUUUUCAGCUGAAUGGAGCCUUGAAGGUCGAGCCCAAGUGUCUAGACCCUUCCAAUCUGGAUAAACCCAAAAAACACUCUCCCAAAAGGAGACUCCAGCAUGCCUUGGAAGAUCAGAUUUACAGGAUUUUCAGAAAGAGCAGAGUGCUGACCAACCAGAGCAUUAACUGUCUGUUCACUGUUCCUGCCAACCAAGCGUUUGUUUACGUGGUGGCAGGUCAGGGGGACGAUCCCAUCAGCAUGCUGAUCGGGCAGCUGAAAGGGAACUGCGCCAUGAGGGAACAUGAAUCUCUGCCGGUUUCUGGUUCACGGCGCUAUCAGAUGAUGAGGCAUGUCCGGCAGCCGUCCUUCAUUCUGGAAAGCAACCUCAACAGCUCUAGUGGGCAGCUGGUGGAUUGCACGCUGAAGGAGUUUCUGUGGCAACAUGUGGAGCUGGUACUAACUAAAAAGGGUUUUGAGGAUAGUGUUGGAAGGAAUCCACAACCGUCACAUUUUGAGCUUCCUGCCUACAAAAACUGGCUGGCUGUGGCCUCCAAGCUCUAUGAUGUAAUGAUAAACUGGAGGGAUGAUGAGCUGGGAUUUCUCUCUGGAGACCUUUCCUCCAAGAUACAGGUACAGCUGAGAGGCCUUGAAGGAUUUUUGGAUGCAGAUAAUAAGUUUUCUGAGAACCGCUGCCAAAAGGCUCUGCCUCUGGCUCACAGUGCCUACCAGUCUAACCUGCCUCACCAUUACACAACGACUGUCCACAAGAACCAGCUGGCACAGGCCCUACGUGUUUACAGUCAGCAUGCUCGUGGGCCAGCCUUCCAGAAGUAUGCCAUGCAGCUGCAUGAAGAUUGCUACAAGUUCUGGAGUAAUGGGCACCAGUUAUGCGAAGAGAGAAGCUUAACAGAUCAACACUGUGUUCAUAAGUUCCAUCUGCUGCCUAAACCAGGAGAGAAACCAGAGCCAGAUAGGAAUCCUCCUGUGCUCUAUCACAACAGCCGUGCACGCUCCACCAGUUCCUGUAACUGUGGUCGCAGGCAAGCUCCUCGCGAUGAUCCCUUCGACAUCAAGUCAGGCAAUUAUGAUUUCUAUCAGCUUCAAGAGGAGAAAUGCUGCGGGAAGCUUGAGCACUUCUACUUCCCCAUCUUCCAGCCCAGCACUCCUGAUCCAGCUCCGGCCAAGAAUGAUUCCACUGCAUCCACACUCCCCCCACAAGAAGGCGAAGGAGAGAAAAUGAAAGAAAAAGAAGCCCAGACUCAGGGAGAGAGCACCAGUCUCAGUUUGGCACUCAGUCUUGGACAGUCCACGGACAGUCUGGGUACGUUUCCCCCUGACCCUCAUGCAGGGGGUGAUAACCCUGACGCUCAUGGCCAAGGAGGUGAAAGUAAACCAGAGAAAAGGCCCAGCAUUGUCGAUCGGCAGGUUUCAACAGUUGAAUACUUACCUGGAAUGUUAAAUUCCAGUUGUCCAAAAGGACUUUUGCCUAAAUUUUCCAGUUGGUCCUUUGUCAAACUGGGCCCUGCCAAAGCUUACAAUUUUCACAGGGGCCUGGACCAGAGUGGCUUCAUACCAGGGACAAACUAUCUGAUGCCAUGGGACAUUGUCAUAAAAACUAGGUCUGAGGAUGAGGUGGACAUGGACAGCAACUCCUGGCCUGCCCCCAACAAGUCUGUACCAGCCAAGCGUGCCAGCACUGUGAUCGGCCGAGGUAGACGGAGGGACGACAUUGCUCGGGCAUUUGUUGGCUUUGAGUACGAGGACUCGCGCGGCCGCAGGUUUAUGUGCUCGGGACCAGAGAAGAUCAUGAAGGUGAUGGGGAGUGGGCCAAAGGAAUCCGCCAUCAAAGCCCUUUCCUCAGACAUGCCUCUGUAUAUCCUCUCUCCUUCCCAAGGCCGGGGACUUAAGCCACACUAUGCCCAGCUUAUGAGGCUGUUUAUCGUGGUUCCGGAUGCUCCAUUACAGAUCAUACUUACACCACAGGUUCAGCCUGGUCCUCCGCCUUGCCCUGUGUUUUAUCCUGAGAGGCAAGAAAUACCUGUGCCACCAGAUGGACUCUGGGUGCUCCGCUUCCCCUAUGCCUAUGUAACGGACCGUGGACCCUGCUUCCCCCCCAAAGAAAACCAGUCACUGAUGAGUUAUCGGGUGCAGCGGGGAAUCCUUAAAGCUAUCCCCCAGUGAUGACACCUCAGUGACUACACAAUGUUUGUCUUUUCUUAAACAACUUCCUCGAUAGGGGGAGACAAGAGGUUGAACGGUGGACUGCUCCAAGCAAUUAAAGUUGAAUGAAGCGCUCUCGUGGGCAUGAAUUACUUUCUCGCACUACCUAGGUGUCAGCAAAAUCUGAGCAUGCAUUUUCUGACCAAAAGGAUUAAGGACUCUAUUCAAGUCAGACCCCAAAAAUAUAGGCACUUCCCACUACUGUACACCUGACAGUCUGUGACUAUGCUUUUCCAGGUAAACUGUGAUUAAAUUUACUGCAGUUCCUCUGAUUUUAUUUUUUCUCCUUAUGAGGGAAACCCUACUUUCGUUUUUCUGGUGAAAUGCUCUUUCCCAUUCAUGUGUAGUGAAGAGAGAUGACAACUCAUGAGGACAUUGUGACACCAGUCAUGUGAUUGUGACAGUGAUGUCCAUAAUAUCAGUAUAAACAGCAAAAGGGACUUUUUAAAAUUUAAAUAAGGCCUGUGACUUUAAUUAAGGGUUCUAAUGGUCUUCACGAUUCAUAACCUCAUCCAAAUCCUCAACUGCACUUGAGUCUUAAGUGACAAACUCUCAUCACCCUUGGGUUGUUUUGGUAUCAUUUAUCCACUGCACAAAAAUAGCUUUUGGUAGCAGUGAGUAUUUAAUUUGUCUCUGUCUUUAACUCUACCAUGGUGCUCUGAACUGCGGGAAGUAGUUUUCAGAUGCUAGUUCUCCCAUUCAUCUCCAUUUUUAAUAUUCCCUAUAAUGAUUCAAUAAUUGAGAAUGAAAUCUUAGGUUAAUGAGAUGCUCAUGUUGACUGUCCCGAUAUCCAAGAACAUGAUAAAAGUGCCCCGGACAGGGGCUUAACACCAAUGCAAGUCUUUCACGAAAUGAGCCUUUAAAACGCUUGAAAUGGGGUUUUAAUUUAUGAAGUUAAUUGGAACCUUGGUCAGAUGAGUAAACUUUGGAAUUUAUAUUUACCCCUCAGUGGUUGAACUGACUUGAUUUUACUAAUGAUAAUCAGGAGUUGCAAUGACAGAGUUUUCCAGGUCAGUUGUAGAGAAAGUGUCCCUAACUUAACAAGCCCUGUCCCAAGAAAUCAACACCAGACAACACAAAACAUAGCUAAUCUGGUGUUUAGAAAUUCUGAUGCUCCAAUCAAGGAGUGUGGUAGCUGUCCAAACUUUGAGACUGCUAGCUAUAUUUUGAGAAGGAUUUUUCUUUUGUUGAAGGAACCUUUUCAUGUCCUGGAAUGACUUUUACUCAUGCGAUUGUUUAGAGGGUUUGGCAUGCUAAAUGGUAUUCAUGUGCUAAUGGGAAGAUCUGAAUUGGAUGGAAUCAGCAUUGGUGAGAUAACAAGCAUUGAAUGCAGCCUCUGAAGUUUACAUUAACAUGUGCAGUGUUCUUUCUGAGGAAGAUCUGAUGUUGGUGUACUCUUGAUAGCUAAAAUUUUGUGUUAUAAAUCCAACAUUAAAAUGCAAAUCCACAGGGAUAGGUCCUUGGAUUACCCAUGCAUUAUCUAUCAGAAACUAACAUGAUAUCUGGUCUCCUUCCAAAGAGGCUAGCAGUGGUAAUGGUUGCUAGCUCUGUAGCGUGACUCAAGGUGGUGGAACAGAAGUUUACAUUCAAAUUGGUGUUGGUUAAUGUUACAAUUUUAUCAAAGAGUCAACUAACCUUACGUAAGCUGCUCGACCAAACUGAUGAAUUUACAGAUACCAGUCAAAAUACUAUUUUGAAGGACAGUUGUAAGUGCAGUUUGUGGUCUGUUGACUAAUUUAUUAUUUAUGAUGAGAGAAGGUUAUCUCAGUGAUAUCACAUUAAACCUGUGUUACAUAAUGCAUGUAGCUCAGGAGCUCAGUGACUUCUGUAGAGCUCCUGAUCAACCAUUUGAUCACCAUAGCUACACUGACCAAAUGCUACCUGGAUCUGAUUUAAGAGCCUUUCAUAUCUUCAAUUGCAAGUCCAAACCAGGUAGUUUCAGUGAGUUAGAAAUUAGGUGUUGACUUUUGGCUGUGGUUUAAUCCAGAAAAUUUGUUCAGCCCACUGCAAACUUGUAUUUGUAAAACUGUGUUUCUUGGAGGUGGAAGGAUGGGAGGUCUGAGUUGUAUUCAAUGCAAAGAAAUUCUGUAGCCGCAUUAAGGUGAAUGUAACAAGUAACCAUUUAAUGUAAGUUUCAAAGUUUUGAUAUUAAAUUAUACA